AUCUGACAGCUUGUUGGGUCGAUCAGUAGCAAAAGGAUGUGAGUUGGGCAUGGCCUGACUGAGUGCUGUUUAGUAGUUCUGUGCCUAUUUUUUCUAAACCAUACGUCAUGAGACGAUAAGUCCUCAAACAGCCGCGCGCUCUUUGAUUAAUCUUUAACUGCAUAUGAAGUUGGCGUUUGGAAUCUUGAGUUUUUUAAGCCACAGAAACACCUCAUCGGAUCAACUAGCAGCAGGUUAGGGUUCCUUAUCAAACUGGACUGAAAAUUUAGAGACGCGCACGUGCAGCUCAAGGCUUCUGCGCGUCCAGAUCUGCGGCUUUCUUGGGAUUCUGUGCGUAAAACAGGAAGCGACAACAUGUCUCUAAACAGAAACAGCGAAUUUGAACACUUUGAAGAACGAAACCGGCCUCAUCGGACGCCCAGGACCAACUCCGGGUCCCAGUCCGGGUCCAGAGGCAACGGUCCGGUCCCCAGCCCGGCGCACAGCGCGCACUGCAGCUUCUACCGUACACGCACGCUCCAGUCGCUCACCUCCGAGAAGAAAGCCAGAAAAGUGCGGUUUUAUCGAAACGGUGACAAGUAUUUCAAAGGUUUGGUGUAUGCCGUUUCCAGUGACCGGUUCCGGUCUCUGGAUGCGCUGCUGAUGGAGCUCACACGGUCUCUGUCAGACAGCGUCAACCUUCCCCAAGGUGUCAGGACGUUAUAUAGUCUGGACGGGGACAGGAAGAUCGGCAGCCUGGAUGAGUUAGUAGAAGGUGAAAGUUACAUCUGUGCCUCCAACGAACCCUUUCGGCGCGUGGAUUACGCCAAGAACGUGAACCCCAACUGGUCAGUGGGCAGCAAGACCGGCACUUCCCGCUCCAUGUCCUGUCUCAUUCCGCUAAAGAAUGAGCUGCAUCGUGAAUCUAAGGAGUUCAUCAAACCAAAGCUUGUGACGGUCAUCCGGAGUGGCGUCAAACCCAGAAAGGCGGUCCGCAUCCUGCUCAAUAAGAAAACGGCACACUCCUUUGAGCAGGUGCUCACGGAUAUCACGGAUGCGAUUAAGUUGGACUCUGGAGCUGUGAAACGACUUUACACGUUAGAAGGCAAACAGAUUACCUGCCUACAGGACUUCUUUGGGGAGGACGAUGUGUUCAUAGCAUGUGGUCCAGAGAAGCACCGCUACGCUCAGGAUGACUUUGUGUUGGAUCACAGUGAAUGUAGAGGGAUAAAGUCUCCACACAGUCGGUCUGCUACUCCAAGCCUAACAGCUAAGAGCCCUGGACUUCACCGACGCAGCAAGUCUCCAAGAUCUGCAAGAUCACCUGUUCAGUUCUCCACCAGUCACUCUCCAGUCCGAUCUCCUGUCAACGGUUUCUCAGCUUCCAGGUCUAACAAGUCAUCCACUCCGUCUCCCACCAGUCCAAGGACCAUCCCCCCUCUGAAGAUUCCUGCGUCACAUCACAACUCCUAUCCAAAAGUAAAUGGCUCGCUAAACGAUCACCAAGAGAAGUCCAAUCCACUGAGUCCAGAAGUUAAUGGGAACCAGUACAAACCAGAUCCCUGCAUCUCGGAGAAGUAUGAGGUUGGCAAAGUGAUUGGAGAUGGGAACUUUGCUGUAGUUAGAGAGUGUGAGGAGAGGUCUACGGGGAAGGAGUUUGCUCUUAAGAUCAUCGACAAGGCCAAGUGCAGUGGAAAGGAACACCUCAUCGAGAAUGAGGUAGCUGUGCUGCGGAAAGUGAAGCACCCAAACAUCAUCAUGCUGAUUGAGGAGGUGGACACUCUCUCUGAGCUGUAUCUGGUCAUGGAGCUCGUCAAGGGAGGGGAUUUAUUUGAUGCCAUCACAUCUUUGGCCAAAUACACGGAGAAAGAUGCCAGCACCAUGGUGUUCAACCUUGCUGGAGCUCUGAAGUACUUGCACAGCAUGAACAUUGUCCACAGAGACAUCAAACCAGAGAACCUAUUGGUCUUCGAGCAUCCAGAUGGCACCAAAUCCCUGAAACUUGGAGACUUUGGUUUGGCAACAGUGGUAGAGGGACCGUUGUUCACCGUGUGUGGGACUCCUACGUACGUGGCUCCAGAGAUCAUAGCUGAGUCGGGGUAUGGGCUAAAAGUGGACAUCUGGGCUGCAGGUGUGAUCACCUACAUCCUCCUAUGUGGCUUCCCCCCAUUCAGAAGUGAGAAUAAUAUACAAGAGGACCUGUUUGAUCAGAUUCUUCUGGGGCAGUUGGACUUUCCCAGUCCUUAUUGGGACAGCAUCACUGACUCAGCUAAGGAACUGAUCCUAAAGAUGCUGCUGGUCAACGCCGAGGCUCGCUACUCAGCACAAGACGUCCUCUCACACCCAUGGGUCACAGCUGAUGCAGUCAUGGAGAACAACAUGAAGAUGGAGGUUUCAUUUACCCUGAAGACUCACUUCAACACUUCAACAACAAAGCACAACAACACUACAGCUGGGGUGUCUGUCAUCAUGAACACAGCUCUCGAUAAGGAGACCCUUCAGCUUACCUCUCGUUGCUGUUCAGGACAACAGUUGGCCGCUGAAGUUCCAUCUGCUCUCUCAAACAAACCAGCGAAGAAGACGUCAUGUACCAAAGCGUUUCCUACCAUGAACGUUUCUCCUGAGACGUCUGGGACAGCUGCCGAGACCGAAGCUACAUCUGAACCUCCUGCCUGUUUGCUGCAGCAUCCUCUAUCACCCUCUGCUGACAUUUUACCCAUUUUAUCACCUGCUGAGAAAAAUCCGCCCACAUCUCCACUUUCAGCACCUCCGUGUUUAUCUUUAGACCCUUCCUCACCCGCUGGCCCUCCUUCUCAUCCAUUUCUUUCUUCACCUCUUCCAUUACUUUUUCCAUCAUCUCCUAACAAACCAGCCACAAACCCCUCUUCCUCCCCCUCCCCUCUCUCUCCCAUCCAGCCUGUUGUAUUUUUCCCCUUAUCAACCAAGCAAGAGCCCUCUUCCCCCUCUUUUAUCCAUCCCACCUUGUUUCCUUCUCCUCCUUCCACACCUCCACCUCGUCCUCCAUCUCUUAGCCCCCUCUUGUCUGAGAAAUGUCUGAAAUGAAAGCUCAGAUGGGAUGAAGAGUUUAAACUAUCACAUUGUGUAUUUCUUAGUCACAAACUGGAGUGGUGACGGCUGUAGCUGCAGGUUUUCUGCUCAGUUUUCCCCUUUUAUCUGUGAAAAUGAGGUGUGUUAAUGUCUACAAGUUUUUAUUUAUUAGCGGGUCAUGAAGGAAAGAGUAAAUUUAUUACCACUGUCCUGAGAUUGUUUAUUUCUUUUUGUGAAGUGAUCUAUUACUGUAUGACACUCAUGUGAAUUUUGCAUCCCAUUCUUUCUGCCUGUGGCCCUAUUUGUAAAUAAUCCUUACACACCCAAAAAUUAGCUUUUGUUGCUUUAGAAAAGGAAGUACCGUAAUGUCCCUAAUAGAACUCCUGCAGGUCGAACUGAAACUCGACUUUUUUUAGAUAUGCUGUGGAAGGGCAGAUUUGUGCCCUUUGGUUAUAGUAUCAAGUAUUUAAUAAAGUGCUGCAAACUCUCUCA